AUGUCCGAGUCGUUGGUGAUACUUAGUCAGUUUGACCCGCGCAGACUUGAGCUCCUUCCACGACCAAUGCUGCUCAAUAUCCCAACAGAAAUACAAGAGGUAAUCAUCCUCGACGCUGCAAUCGUCUCUCCAGCGUCCAUUGCCUCCCUUUCGGCCACCUGCAGCCUUCUUCGCACGCUCAUCAACAUUCCUCUCGAUGGGCAUCUCUGGCGGUCCAUAUUCCUCGCAUUUUUUGAUGACCCACGUCAGGCUCUUUCACUAGAAUCAAAUACACCGGUCGACAAGGUCGUAUUCAACUGGCAGCGCGAAGCUCAGCGUCGGUUCCGGGCCAAGUUUCGACUCGAACAGUCGCACACUGCAGAAAUCGAGGAAUUUGAAGACAUUGUAGACGAAGACGCGGUCAAUGCGUUGAUGGAGACCGCUAUCAACGCUCUACCUGGCCAGGCUUUGAACGUCUCGUCAAAGAACGAGACAUAUGUCACCGAGUGCAUGCGCGGUGUCAUACUUUCGCCGCCUACAACACAGUCGAGUGCAAAGCUACGCGUUCUCGCCGCUUUAGUGGACGCGAGGACGUCGGCAUCAUUACCUAUUCUCCCACUCGCCAGCGCAAGUUCGCGGCUUCCCUCGCGGGCAUACGUUUAUAAUAUGCGCAACUAUAAUGAACGCAACAAAUGGGGUCCAUGGCUUCCAUUCAAAGACGGCAGCAAGGAUGGAGAGAUCAACUAUAUCCACCUAUGGCACAUUAUCGACGUACUGCGGCAUAACGCACACGAGAGGAACAAUUGCGAUCUUCCAAUCGAUGGAAUUGGCGGACUCAGAGCGCUCAGUAUGCCUAAACAAGAUCUCCAUGUGGAGAAAGAGGAAGACACGGCUAAGACGAAGUAUAACGACUGGGCCGGUGUAGAGGGUGUCUGGAUGCGCACCGUAUCUUUCAUGGACUACCGUGAUUUACAUGCGUACAACUGGUCGAAUUUCGAUACUGAAGGAGGAGAAGGACAACUUUCUACUGCAGUCUUUGAGCACGAGAAUUUUGCAGAAGCUUUUCGUGUUAUACGCGCCUAUUUUACCGUCGUCAAGUUGAAGAAACCGGUCCACCGGGAUACCCACAUCGACCAACGAUUCAUUUCCAUGCAUCGUAUUACCGAGGGCACGGUCAGCAUGACCGAGGCAGGUCAAGUUCGAUGGAGCUUUAAUACGAGGGUCGGUGGACACGAAUGGUCAUCCGAAGGCGUGCAACUCGGCCGCGUCCAAAGCCGUGCGGGUGUCGUUGGAAUCUGGAGCUCUGCAGAUCACGAGGAACAUGAUCCCGCCGGUCCUUUCUGGCUAUGGAAAUGCGGUGAGAGUACGAAGCGACCAAGCAAGUUCCCAGGACCAUUUCAUUAUCUCAUCAUCCACCACGACCAAUGA